AUGGAAGAGGAAAGACGAACAAGGCGGGAGGCAGACGAUGAUGAAAUCAUGAUGACGACCGGAGGCGACGACAACGACAACAAAGAAUGGUUCAACGAUACUCUGCGGCAGCUGGCUACCACCGGCAUAUGGCACUGCACAUCCACUUCUAAGGUAGGCAGUGCAGCAGCGGUCACUGCUGCAACAGAAUUGGCUCUCGCAUCUUCUACUAGACAAGAUCGUACUGCUUUGGCGUAUUACGCCUUUUGCGGAGAUGCUUCCCCAGUAUCUGACGGCCAUCACGAAGGAAAUAACUUGGCUGGCCAAUUCCGUUGUUGA